GUUGUUGUUACGCGUGGUGCUGGGGGGCAGUGCUGGCUGUGCUUAUGUCCGAAUAAAAGGGGAAUGCCACCUGCCUUGUUCAAAAUAGGACAGUGAGAAUGCAUCUGCUGAGGAGAACACCGACGACGCAGAUGCUCCCUCUUCAUCCAGAAAGGCAGCUGGGAAGUCCCAAAGUCAGGAUGAAACAGAUGGAGAAACUGCAGAUGGCGUCAGUAAAUCUGUUCAUCGGGUCUUUGCAUCCAUGAUUGGCGAAAAUGAAGAUGAGGAAGAGGAGGAAGAGGAAGAAGAGGAGGAAGAAACUGCCGAGCAACCCACAGCUGGAGAUGUUUUUGUGUUGGAGAUGGUACUUAACCGAGAGACUAAGAAAAUGAUGAAAGAGAAAAGGCCUCGCAGCAAACUUCCUCGUGCAUUGAGGGGUCUAAUGGGAGAAGCCAAUAUCAGGUUUGCUCGAGGAGAACGGGAGGAGGCUAUUCUGAUGUGCAUGGAAAUCAUUCGACAAGCUCCUCUUGCUCACGAGCCUUUUUCCACUCUUGCCAUGAUCUAUGAAGACCAGGGUGAUAUGGAGAAGUCAUUACAGUUUGAACUGAUUGCUGCUCACUUAAAUCCUAGCAAUACAGAGGAAUGGGUCAGACUGGCAGAGAUGUCACUGGAGCAGGACAAUAUUAAACAAGCUAUUUUUUGCUAUGCAAAAGCUUUGAAGUAUGACCCAACCAAUGUGCGUUAUCUAUGGGAGAGAUCAAGCCUGUAUGAGCAGCUGGGGGAACAUAAGUUAGCUAUGGACGGCUACAGGCGUAUUUUGAAUCUUCUGUCUCCCUCUGAUGGAGAGCGGUUUAUGCAAUUGGCUAGAGACAUGGCAAAGAGUUAUUAUGAAGCCAAUGAUGCUGCCUCUGCUAUUGAGAUCAUAGAAGAAGCCUUUAAUAAACAUCAGAGCCUUGUAUCCAUGGAAGAUGUUAAUAUAGCAGCUGAACUGUAUAUUUCCUCCAAGCAGUAUGAUAAAGCAUUGGCGGUUAUUACUGAUUAUGCAGGAAUUGUACUUGAAAGGAAAGCAUCAGAAAAAAGUCCUGCUGAGGAGAAAAAAGAUGAUGCAGCAGCAGUGGUAGAAACUGAGCAAAGCCAGGAGGCAGUGACUGACAACCAAGGUGAUCCGGCUGCUGAAUCGAGCGCUGCAGCUGUGGAGAAAGUUAGCUGCUGUAUACCUGAAGGGGUUCCCAUAGACAUCACAGUCAAGCUGAUGGUGUGCUUGGUACACUUGAAUAUCCUAGAGCCUCUCAGCCCUCUUUUGACCACUCUGGUGGAACAAAAUCCGGAAGAAAUGGGUGACUUGUAUUUGGAUGUUGCAGAGGCAUUUCUGGAUGUUGGAGAAUACAACUCAGCCCUGCCUCUCUUGAGUGCCCUCGUCUGUUCUGAACGAUACAAUUUGGCUGUCGUCUGGCUUCGGCAUGCAGAGUGCUUGAAGGCUUUGGGACACAUGGAGCGUGCCGCAGAGAGCUAUGCUAAGGUUGUUGAUCUUGCUCCAUUGCAUCUGGAUGCAAGAAUCUCACUUUCAACACUACAGCAGCAACUCGGCCGGCCUGAGAAAGCUCUGGAGGCUCUGGAACAAAUGUAUGAUCCAGAUACACUGGCUCAGGAUGCUAAUGCUGCCCAGCAGGAAUUAAAGUUACUCCUCCAUCGUUCUACACUGUUGUAUUCCCAAGGCAAAACGUACGGUUACAUAGACACUUUACUGACAAUGCUGGCAAUGCUGUUGAAGGUUGCAAUGAGCAGAGCUCAGGUGUGUUUGAUAUCUAGCUCCAAGUCUGGAGAGAGACACCUCUACCUUAUAAAGGUGCCGAGGAAUAAAAUUUCCGACAACGAUGAUCAGGAGGCAGCAAAUUGUGAUGCGAAAGCGAUUUUUGCUGUUCUCACGAGUGUUUUGACAAAGGAUGACUGGUGGAACCUUCUCCUGAAGGCUAUAUAUUCCCUGUGUGACCUCUCCCGGUACAAGGAGGCUGAGCUACUAGUAGAUUCCUCAUUAGAAUAUUAUUCAUUUUACGAUGACAGACAGAAGCGCAAGGAGCUGGAAUACUUUGGGCUUUCCGCUGCAAUCCUGGACAAGAACUUCAGAAAAGCAUACAAUUAUAUCAGAAUAAUGGUAAUGGAAAAUGUCAAUAAACCUCAGCUGUGGAACAUCUUCAAUCAAGUUACUAUGCAAUCUCAGGAUGUCCGUCACCAUCGCUUUUGUCUCCGCUUAAUGCUGAAAAAUCCGGAUAAUCAUGCACUGUGUGUCCUAAAUGGGCACAAUGCAUUUGUAUCUGGCAGCUUCAAACAUGCUCUUGGACAGUACGUGCAAGCCUUUCGUGCAAACCCAGAUGAACCUCUCUACAGUCUUUGUAUUGGCUUAACCUUCAUCCACAUGGCUUCUCAGAAAUACGUAUUGAAAAGGCAUGCUCUUCUGGUACAGGGAUUCUCUUUCCUUCACCGCUAUUUGGACCUACGUGGACCAUGUCAAGAAACUUUCUACAACCUUGGCCGCAGCCUUCACCAGCUGGGGCUACUGCAUCUGGCAAUCCACUAUUACCAAAAAGUACUUGAGCUUCCUCCUCUCACCUUGGAGGGAAUAGAAACCGAUCAGACAGACUUGAGAAGAGAUACUGCCUUUAACUUGUCACUUAUUUAUCACAGCAGUGGAAAUACCAGAAUGGCUCAAAAGAUGUUAUAUACUUACGCAGUUGUGUGAUGAAGUUUGUGGCAGGUAGAAAUGAUGCCCUUAGUAUUAACCCUUGCAUCAUGCGGUGCUGGGGGAACUAGUUUUGUAUGCAUCUUUUUCUGAAUGUCGAAGACGUGGCUUGUGCUGUAUAUAGUUUGUAUGCUGUAUAUAGACUUUUUCUACUUCUGACGUUUGAACGACAUCACGUAUGGAUGGAAACAGUUUGCUCUGAGAACAAGGCUGACAAACAUUGAUGAACUACUUGAUCUUUGGUAUAGAAUCGAACAGUGAAAACUGAAGCCCAAUAUUUUCUUUAGAAAAAUUUACCACGUGCAAUACUACAAAUACUUACAAGCAAGGUUGUACUGUAAUAAAGAGGAAAGAAAUGGGCUCGUACUAAUUUUCUACAGGAUGGAAAACUCAGUAUUUCCGAGAUUAUUUAAGUGUUCAGUGUUUCUAGAAGUUCAUAUUCCUUGCAGCUGUUCUUCUACAAGGUUGAUUUCUGUUUUGUUGAAAUCCAUGUUACUUUUGUCCUUCUGAACUUGUUAAUAAAAAUUCUGAAGUUAAUGAUGCUUGUUUACUCUUCCUUAGGAAAAAAAUAAUAAAGCUUCCAAACAGCAAAAAUUAAUAUAAUAAUUAAUAUAAUUAAUAUAUCAUUUAGCUUGUUAUUGAACGUUGCAAAUGGUCUGGAUUUUUAAGUAGUUGUGACAGCUGAACAGCAGCACAGAGUGUUAGCAGCAGGCAGCUCCCAACCUAGCAAGAGAGCAGUAAAUAUUAUAUAGCUAUAUGGAUAUAUAGGCAGGGUUCGAUGCUAAUACAAAGUAAGGCUAAAAAAGUAUGCUGAAUAGAAAUCAAGUCAUGCUGUUGCUUCCCAAGCACUUGUUAUUUACCCUGUGACAGCUAACUGCUUUUUACUUUCAGCUCACUUUUGUGUGUUUACAUUUCAUGCUCCAAUCAGUGCUUCAGAAAUGAGUCUUGUGGAAUUGUCUGUGCUAAUUUUAAAGCUAAGGCAAAUUUUAUCUCAGAUCAAAUAUUAUGUAACAGUAUAUUGCAUGUCCACUUCAGUAGGGAAGUGCUGGGCCAUACUGAGAAUACAGAGAUGAGAGUCGAAUACCAUGUAAGUCUCACCAACUCUGGAAAGCACAGCAUGUUUACUAGGACUAGUUUACCAGAUUAACUAGGAAACACUGCCUGAAUCCAAGUCCUCUGCUAAAUUUGCAGAAAUAACUGACAUGUUUUUUUUUUAUUUAUAUGUCAACCUGAAGUAUAGAAAAUACAGAAAGAAGAGAAUGACUUCAUCACCUCUGUUUCAUUUUGUAAUCUCUGUGCUAUCUCAUCACCAUCUGUGACAUGAUAGCCAUCUGUUUGCUAUGUAAACUUGUGCUGACUCACAGUGUGUGUACAAAUGUGACAUUAUUGUAUCAGUUUGGUGUAAAAAGUCUCUGUUCAAGUUUUCCCUAUCGUUUAUUGGUCUCUUAAUAUCUUGUAACUCUUCUGCUUAUUUUUUUUUUUCUUCUUGCAAUGAAUGACUCCUCUAUCUUCACUUGAAAAAGGCUUAUCAUGUCCUAGGAAGCACAGUCCUCAGUACUCAGUAUUGAAAUAAUGCUUUGAAAAAAGAAGCCAGAGGUUCAGUAUAUAGUUUCCCUUUGCAUUACUUUUUUCCAAAACUGAGUCUGAGAUGCUCAGAAUCCUAUUCUUAUGUAUUUUAUAAAAUGGAAGAAUUAGUAACAGUUUCAGUCGAUUAUUACAUACAUUACCAAACUACUUGGCUUAAUCAUGGCAUUUGUUAGCUUUUUAUUGCUGAAAAGAGAUUUUAUAUAAGACACUAAAGGCGUAUGUAAGAGACUGUCCGUUAAAGCAUUUACUGCUUGUUUUAGGAACCAAAUACCAGUUUAGUUGUAUUUAUAUGCAUUGAAGAUGGUAGAAAGCUACUAAUUAUCCAUGUUCACUGAUGGCCACAGACUGGGAAAAAAGAAGAAAAAAAAA